UCUAUAUUUUUUCAUUAUUGAGUUGUUUUUUUUUAAUGAUCAUAUUCUGUGUUAUCGGCAUCUCUGCAAAGCGUAGCUACCUCUCAGCUGUCACUACGUGGCGUGCAGUCAGUUGACGUUUGAGCCGGUUUAUUUUGGACGGAUGCUUAAUUGAGAAAAAUAUUAUUCUAUAAAGGCACAAUGGAAGUUUUAUACAGCAUUCCUUUUUCCGUGUUGGAAGUACCCAAUUUGAAAAUAAAAAAACCGACAUGGUUUCACCAGCCCUCAGCAAUGACCGUGUUCUCUAUCGUUCUGUUGUCAUAUUUCAUGGUUACAGGAGGUAUAAUCUAUGAUGUUAUUGUGGAGCCACCUUCAAUUGGGUCAACAACUGAUGAGCGAGGACAUUCUCGUCCAGUUGCCUUCAUGCCAUACAGAGUCAAUGGCCAAUACAUUUUAGAAGGUCUUGCAUCCAGUUUCAUGUUUACCCUUGGUGGAUUAGGCUAUGUAAUACUUGACCAAACCCAAUCUACUACCAUGCCUAAGUUCAACAGACUGCUUCUCAUCUUUCUUGGAUUUAUCUGCAUUGUUAUUUCAUUCCUGACCACAUGGAUUUUCAUGAGAAUGAAACUGCCUGGUUAUCUGCAGUCAUAGAUGUGAUGACCAACAAUGGGGAUGAAAUACAUAAGAGUUCAAGUAUAA